CUAUCUCAACUAAACGACACACGCAUUGAACAAAUUUGCAACACAACCAACCUUGUUGUUCCCUGCAUCUUAAAUCAUCUUCCAACUACAGUAAAGUGUCAAGCAAGAGGAUCUUUUCCGAUGUUGAUUCAACUAUUUUGCAACGCCCAGUUGCUGUUAAAGCAAGACGUGACGAAUGCCAAUCAUGCUGUGCAGCACACAAUUUCAUCCCCUCGUUCAGGAAUCUAUCAAUGUAUCGCUAGAAAUGAGUAUGGCAGCAAACAAUCAUUACUCUACGCAACAGUAUCAGGUGUUGUUCCGACUGUUUCUACUACAAGUCGUUCACCAACAACGGCAGCUACAUCUCCAUCGAUGCCACAAUCUACUGCAUCGGACUACGUGACUACUACAUCUCUACCUCACACAUUAGUGACAAAGUCAUCAAAUCAUUAUUCUAGUUCAUCAACGUCACAGCAUCUGUCCACAAGUUGGAAGUCGCCGAUUGUAAAUUGCAAAAAUGCAAAUUAGAUGAUUGCCAAUUUUUUAGAUUCUAUCGAUAUUUCAUCAAAUAGCAGGAUCUCUAUUGUCUCCACCAGAUCUACUCUUACUUCUUCUCGUACUGCAAGUCUCUAUACUAUCUCUAAGCUAGACUGUAAUGAAUGCAUCAUUUAUUUAUUAUUAUAUUUUGUUGUAGCUUUACAUCCAGACACAACAGAGUCGUCAACAAGCAAGCAAGCAGCGAAUGCAACAUCUCAUAAUGUGCAAUCUACUUCUGGAACGAAGUCUCCUAGAGUUACUAGUGCUCCAGUAACCAUCACGCAAGCUAAUGCGUCAUCCGUGUCUCUAUCCAGUAGUUCUUCGACUCUCAACCUUCCUACCACUUCGACACCACGCACCAGCUCGUCUUCUCAACGAUCAGAUCUUAUACCAACGACAUCAACCGUUUUGCCAACGUCUCAAACCGCAUCACCUCCAUCCCAUCAUACAAACACUCCUUCCUCAUUAGGUGCAACAAAGACCGCUAUUGGAAAAGUGAUGUCUCCUAGAGUUACUAGUGCUCCAGUUACCGUCACACAAGCUAAUGCGUCAUCUGUGACUCUAUCCAGUAGUUCUUCGACUCUCAACCUUCCUACCACUUCGACACCACGCACCAGCUCGUCUUUUCAACGAUCAGAUCUUAUACCAACGACAUCAACCGUUUUGCCAACGUCUCAAACCGCAUCACCUCCAUCCCAUCAUACAAACACUCCUUCCUCAUCAGGUGCAACAAAGCCCCCUAUUGGAAAAGUGACGAGUGCAGCGACUAGUGGAGACGCAAGUAAAAGUACAACUAGGCCGGCAACAAAAGCAACGACACCAACGCCUGCAAAAGAGUCUGACGGUCUACCAAUUGCAGUAGUUGCUGGUGGAGCUGCAGGUGGAGUCGUCGUUUUGCUUGUCAUUCUAGUCAUUAUCAUCGUCACUUGCUAUCGACGUAAACAAAGUUUUGCACUCGAUGAAGAUAAGCAACGGUCUCCAGUAGCAAGUGCUACCACAAUCGACAAUCCCACCUACUGGACAGAAACAACAAAUAGAGAAAGACUGAAACAAAGUCAUGUUGACAGCAGUGGACAAACAGCUUCAUCCUCCUCAUACAAAAAUAUUAACAAACCGACGGCUAUUGUUUCACCCUUGCAACACCCUACUGCGACCGGAGACGACGGUUUAACAAAAGAAGAUCAGUAUGAUGUGUUGGACCGAAAAAUGGAUGAUGAAGUGAUUGUUACAAAACAUGACAGUCUAGACGAACGUUACUCAACGCUAGAAAACAGCAAAUACAGUGUGUGUGACCGAAAGACGGAUGAAAUUCCUGUUACAAGAGGAGGCGUUCCAUUAGAGGGUUACUCUGUAGUUAUGCGAAUGUCGGACAAGAGGCAGAAGAAUGAUGAUAGCAGUCGUUCAGAUGGUCACUAUAAGGAAGCAGUGAUAAGUGGAGCUUACGAACGCGUUGGCAGUCUAAACAAUCCUUCAUCAAACGUUCGAACACAAAGCGAUCUCGAAGAAGAUACCCCGUAUGCGGUACCGGACAAACCGAAACAAGCAGCAACUGCGCUUUUGUCUGCGUCUUUUACGGAUGGCAGGCACCCUGAAGUUGGAACAAAAGAAAAACAACUAUCAAUGUUCACACCAGUUGACGUCAAAAAGCCAAACCAGCUCACACAACGUUUGUCUACAACAUCUGCAAGUGAACCAUAUGAAGAAGUCGUGCAGUCAGAUAGCAAUAUAGAAGAAAACCCUUACUCUCUACCAAAUGAGCACAAAGGUAAGAGUCGUAACAAUACCGUGUCACCAAAAACUGAGUAUUCCUACGCCAAGCCUGAUUCCAAACGAGCAACGACGGUCGAGAGUGACCGCUUAGUGAUAGGAGAGGUCACGACAACAAAACAAGACGAUGAAGAAAUGCCACAAGGAAAUAGUGGAAAUCCCUACGCUGCACCAGAUGAAGUAAAGCCCAAGAACGCCAGAAGCGUUACAGUCCCAAGUGAGUACUUCUAUGCGAGGCCCAACGUCAAGAGAGAAAUGGAGAUAUCAGGUGACCGUUUGGCGACUGGAGCAGCAGCAAUGACGGCACAACAAGACGACACAGGCAGCAAACCAAAUGACGAGAACGAUGAUAAUCUGUAUGCUCUAACAGAUGAGAACAAAACGAGGACGACUCACAAUUCUUCUCCAUCACUACCUCUACCAAAUGCACAAGAUUCUCGCACCCAACCAGAACAACACGAUCAGUCUAGCGCAGACAGAUCUGCUGGUAAAAGUGAUUCAUCUGUCUCUUCCAGCCAUUUCACUGCAGUAAAAGACACGUACGCUGUUGCCAAUAAACAAUCUAAGAAGAAACAGUCGACCGUGUCACACAUGUCAGUUGGUGACAGUGAAUACGCUGUUGUCAACAUACAAGCAAAACAGAAACAGUCGACUGUCUCACAUAUGUCGGUUGGUGACAGUGAAUACGCUGUUGCCAACAUACAAGCCAAGAAAAACCAAUCAACAGUCUCACAUAUGUCAGUUGGUGACAGUGAAUAUGCUGUAUCGAGCAAGCUACCAUCGGGAAGUCCAAAAUCAAACCGAAAACCUGCAGGCGCAUCCAAACCAAAGCAUUACCAGACGGAAGGGAGCGAAUAUGCUGUAUCCGCAAAGUCUCAAUCUUUGCCUCGCGAUGCGAUGAAUGCAACUGCUUCAUCGGUUCAAAAGAAAGGAAAGUCUGACGUGAAGUAUACAGACGUGGAGAUUCUACCGUCGGAAACGAAGCGACACGUGACGUCUGAAGAAAACGUUGAGUACGCCACUAUUGACCAUAUUAAGCAUUGAAACAUUUAUAGUUAAUACAUUGACAUAAAUGCAGCUCUUCUUGCACUCUGGUGCAAUAAUUUCUCUAAAUUCUCGCUUUUUGUAUCGUAUAUUGCUUUGUUUAUCGUAUAUAUGUUGCUGUUGUCUGUUUAUAUACAAUCGUUAUUAAUCAUUGUAUUACAAUCAUUUAAUAAAUUCAUAUUGUAGCUGUUGUAUUCACUA